UUGAGUUAAAGUAAACGUGGGUGAGGGAGGGCGAAAAGUGAGCACAAGAAACCACUCGGUUCCUCUGAGAAGUCUCUUACGAUAACGUAAACCUUCCCCUUCAUCCCCUUAUAGAACAGCUAAAGCGCAUCGCCGCCCGCCGUGGGGAGGAGCGGGGUGACCCCGGGCAACAGCCCGCCAUGCCGCCAUGGACUCCGCCGCCCGCUGCCGGGGGCCCCCGGGGGACAGCUACAACCAGGGGUAUGAAAACCCCUGGACCAUCCCAAACAUACUGUCAAUGGCAAGAAUGGGUUUGGCGCCAGUUUUGGGCUAUUUGAUCGUUGAAGAAAACUUCAAUGUGGCACUGGGUGUCUUUGUUUUGGCUGGCGUUACGGAUUUGUUGGAUGGAUUUAUUGCACGGAACUGGGCUAAUCAGAAAUCAGCUUUGGGAAGUGCUCUUGAUCCUCUGGCUGAUAAAAUUCUCAUCAGUGUGCUCUACGUAAGCCUGACCUGUACAAAUCUUAUCCCAGUUCCCCUUACUUCCAUGAUUAUUCUGAGGGAUGUAGCGCUCAUUGCUGCUGUUUUUUAUGUGCGAUACAAAACUCUUUCUCCACCGAGAACACUCAGUAGGUAUUUUAACCCCUGUUAUGCUACUGCCCAAUUAAAACCAACAUUCAUUAGUAAGAUGAACACAAUGGUUCAGCUAAUUUUGGUGGCAGCUUCUUUAGCAGCUCCUGUUUUCAAUUACGUGGACAGCAUAUAUCUACAGACAUUAUGGUGCAUCACGGCUUUCACGACGGUAACAUCUGCAUACAGUUAUUACCACUAUGGCCGAAAAACGGUUCAGGUGAUAAAUAACAAAUGAAGUUCUCCUGAAAGGACAGGCUCUUGGCACCACUGGGUGCUGUACUGCCAAAGGGGGUUAUAUUGCUACUGAAUUUUGGAUCAAGAACUCUUUUUUUUCUGCUUAAAACCAUGGCAUCACAAUGGAGUGAAGAUUUAACAUGUACUGUAUAUAUAUAGAUAGACUUUUCAAUGUGUUUUUUAUUUGUUUAAAAAUAGGGUUGUUUACAAAACAAAUAAAUAAUAUCCUUAAAGACACAGGUUGCUGAUCGAUGCCACGUGCAUUCUGAAUAAUUUUAUAUUCUUUUUGAAGUCAAAAUAUGCACCUUUCACCAGCUUUCUUGCCAUCUUCACACAAGACACUGAGUAGGCCGAGAUCUGAGAAGAAAAAGCAAUUAAAAGAACAGAUUUGUCUUUGUACCUCAGCCUAAGUCACUAAACCAGCAUUGCUCAUUAUGAUGUCCAUCAGCCUGAAGCAGAGGAAGGUGUCUCAUCGGGAACAGUAUCUUCAGAGAUCUAAACCAGAAGGAUAGAAAUCUUUUCCUUCGUGUUCCGUGGUGAUAUGGAUAAGCCAUGAAGAGUUACUACCCUGCCCCCUUUUUCAGUACGUGCAACCGUGAACUGUAUUCACCAGAGAAGAGCAUUGCCCCCAGAAAGGUUGGCUGUGCAGUGAGUACUCUGUACCCAAAUGGAGUUAGUUUCUCAUGUUAUGUAUUAAUUUCUAGCGAUUGAAAGGAACUCCUGUAUCUCCAUAUUCUUUAAAGCUUUUAACUAUGCUAUUUAGUCUAAAUACUGCUGUAGGAAAGAGACAUUUUAAGUGUUGUCCAAAUUAACGGAGAGAGUGGAGAAUGGAGAAACUGUUAGCUGCACAUACUGUUACAUCUUUAAUUUUCCUGUUCCUCUAGCUUCAAGAUUCCCUCAGGCCAGGGGACAGCUUGCACGUGUACUUUGCCUAUUCUCUACUUACAAAAAGAUACAGAAUAAAGAACUAGGCAGAACAGAUCAUGUUGAUCAUAAACCUAUGUUUUAUAUUUUUGAGCAAUGUGAUAUUUCUUGUAUGUCAAAAAAGUGUAACUAUGAAGGGCUUAAAUAACUGAAAUCAGGUGGUGAUACCACUGAUAAAUCAUACUAGAAGACAAUUUGCUGUAGACUUGAAAGCACACAGUCUCUUUUGUGACUGCACAUGCUUGUAUAUACAAAGCAUUUUAAUAUUUUUUAUAUUUAAACUUGUAUAGAAUGGUGCACAGAGAAAACACUUGAUAUUUGUUAGUACCUUUUUCUUAACUGUCCCAUGUUUUGUGGCCAACCCUGCCUCUUAACAGCAAAAGGAUAGAGAGCAAAGCUGAUGGAAGCUUCCUUAAACUGAGUGUUCAGUAAAAUAGAGUACUUGAAGAAUCAGCAUAGAAAAAAAUGCAUUCUACCCAGUCAUGUCAUUCCUGUUUGGUUCUGGUUAAUGGGAUUGGGGUUUAAUUGGGGUUUUUGUUGUGUUGAGGUAUUUUUUUCCUGUUUUAAUCACAGAUACCUUUGGAACAUUACCUGGCAUUGUCAGGGAAUGGAAUACUGGUCGGUGGAGGCUCUCUGUUGGUGUGUGUUAUUACACCUUGUUGAAAUAAGUUCCAUGUACUCGGUGAGACGUGCCUAAAUACUAGUGUUAAAUAAAAUUAGUCUGGAUGGCGGA